GCAGCCGGUGGGGACUUCGGCGGGUGGGGACGGUGCUCGUACCGCGGGAACGAGGGUGCAGAAGUCAGCCCCGGGCAGCUCGGGCCGGUGCCGGCCGCCUUCUCCCCACUUCCUCCUCACUUCCACCCACCACGUUGUCAUCUCCGCCCGCCGUGUCCGCACCGUCUCGGUGUUCCCCGGCCGUUCUCUCCCAGCCGUUCUCCCCGGUGCUGCCUCCUUCGGGGCUAAGCGUCCGUAUUGCUCUCAGGGGCAGAUGGAGUUCUCCAGCGGCCGAGCGAGGCUGAAGCAGGCCCGGCUGGCCGGGGACCGGCGGGAGCUGUAUCCUCACAGCCUGCAGUUCUACCUGGAGCCUCCCACGGAAAACAUCUCUCUGGUGGAGUUCGAGAGCUUUGCCAUCGACCGACUGAAGCUGCUCAAAGCAGUUGAGAACCUUGGUGUGAGCUAUGCGAGGGGCAAUGAAUCCUACAAAACUAAGCUGGAGACUGAGCUCCGCAAGCUGAAGUUUCCAUACAGAGCUUUGGCUGAGGAUGAUUACGAAGCACGAAGGAAAGACCACAUCUCUCAUUUCAUACUGCGCCUUGCUUACUGCCAGUCAGAGGACCUCAGGCGCUGGUUUCUCCAGCAGGAGAUGGAUCUGCUGCGGUACCGCUUCAACGAGCUGACUGACAGCCUGAGGCAGAAGUUCCUGCAGCACGUCAACCUGUCCUUUGAAGCUGUUAGCGAAGACCUGAAAAAUGAGUUGGCAAAUGAUCUGUGUACAUCCACCCCUGGCUUCAGCAUGAUUAAAGUGAAAGAGCAAAUGUUCUACAAGGUGGGUCUUGCAGAUGCUGUGGAUCUGUUCAGAGCCAGGAGAGUGUUCAUCAAGGAUGGGUUUGCAUAUGUGCCGCUCAAGGACAUCGAUGCCAUCGUCCUGAACAACUACAGAGCAAAGCUGUCCAAGGCCCUGGCGCUGACAGCACGGUCGCUGCCUGCCGUACAGACUGAUGAGAGACUGCAGCCUCUGCUGAACCACCUCAGCCAUGCCUAUGUUGGCCCAGAUUACAGCGUGCAGAAGAGCGCAGGGAAGAUUUCUCUGGAUCAGAUUGAUGCUCUCUCGGUGAAGUCCUUCCCCCUCUGCAUGCGCCAGCUGCACAGAGCCCUGCGUGACAGCCACCACCUCCGGCACGGCGGCCGCAUGCAGUACGGCCUCUUCCUGAAGGGCAUUGGCCUGACGCUGGAGCAGGCCCUGGAGUUCUGGAAGAAAGAGUUCAUCAGGGGAAAAGUAGAUGCAGACAAGUUUGACAAAGGAUACGCUUACAGCAUCCGCCACAGCUACGGCAAGGAGGGCAGGAGAACCGACUACACCCCCUACAGCUGCAUGAAGAUCAUCAUGUCCAACCCACCCAGCCAAGGGGAUUAUCACGGGUGCCCAUUCCGCCACUGCGACCCGGAGCUGCUGAAGCAGAAGCUGCAGGCCUACAGGGUUCCUCCUGGUGGGAUGGCUCAGAUCCUGGAGCUUGUGAAGGGCAUGCACUACCAGCUGGCCUGCCAGAAAUACUUCGAGGUGACCCACGAUGUGGAUGACGUCGGGUUCUCUUUGAGCCACCCCAACCAGUAUUUUACAGAGAGCCAAAGGCUGCUGAGUGGUGCUAGGGAGGUGAAGAAGGAACCAAGUAAUUCAGCAAACUCCCAGCCAAAAAGUGUUAGUCAGCAAAGCAAGAAUUUGAGUUCUACUCCCACUUCCUCCAGCACAGCAGCUGCUGCAGAACUGGAGGGGCUGGAGGCAUACUUCACUGAAGACUGAGCAGCUGCGCUCUUGGGGCUUGGCUUGGGUUUUCUUUCUCUUUCACCUCCUCUUCUCUAGCUGGUUUGUUCCUGUGCUAAGGGAUGUGGCUCUUUGCUACCUGGGAUGCCCUGAGUGGUCUGAACAGACCAAGAGGCAGACAGGUGCUGGAGCUCUGCACUGUUAUAUGACACGGGGACGCCUGGGAGAUGAAGCUGCCCUCCCAGUUACCAGUGAUCUUUGCCCGGCUUGCCUCUGCUUUCUUCAAAGUGACCACACAAUGGAGUGCAAAUGUGUCUCUCCUUAAUAAAUAAAUUGCAAAGCCA